UGGUAAUUGCCAAGUCAUCAUUUUGCGUGUAGCGUGGACAAGGGCUUUGAUGUUCCAAAGAUCUGCAUCUAAAACCGACUUGCACUCGAGACCACGCUCACGCACACGCUCACGCUCUGCAUAAGGAAAAACAAGAACAUCAAAAAGUGGAAAAGAAGCCAUGGCGUCAGAAGGUGCAGCGUUGGCGGUGAUUAGGGCUUCGCGUCCUACUUUCCGAAACCCUAAAGACAAGGUCGCCUUUGCAGUUCAUGCUUCAUUUAUUGCCGCUGGUUAUUCUCUCAUUGCUACUGGUAACCGGGUUUUCGCUGAUGAUCCUUCCUCAUUUAACGGGCAGGAAGAGGUUGGAAUUGAAGGAUGGAAUGAUUUGGAGGAUUGUUAUGGAUAUGUCUAUUCAAAGCCUGAGAAGGGAUCGAAUAAAUUGGUUUUGGUUAAGUGCUUAGCUAUGGGAGACAAGCUGGUUGUUGAUGCGCUUCGUAUAGGAGAUGAAUCUAAAGAACCCUUAAACUUGGAAGUCAAUGUUAAUGAUUAUGUGCGCGAUGAUGCAACAUCUUCAAAUUAUGCCGAAUUAUACAAAGACUUUUCCAGGCUUGUAGACAAAAUAAAUUCUUCCAUCUUGCUGAAAAUUGAACCUCCAGUCAAGAAGGAUACUACUUCCACUACUAGCAGGUUAGAAAUUGGUGAAGGGUCUGAAGGGGAGCAAACUCACCCCAGUGUAAGCAUUCCACUACAGCAUCAACCAUACUCGGGCCUUCGAGUCCCUCCAGUGUUUCCAGUGGGAAUCAGUGAUCUUUUACCAGGUCCUGGUGCUGGCAUGUAUCCCAGGGGUGACUUUGGCAUUGGUGGUGAUAUGCUUUUAGGACCGAAUGAUCCACAUUGGGGGUCUCUUGGUGGAGGACAACCUGUGUUUCCUGGUGGAAUUCCGGGAGUACCUCCAGGUGCACGGUUUGAGCCUUAUGGCCCUCCAGGUGUUCCUGGUUUUGAGCCCGGCUGUUUUGUAAGGAAUCCAAGGCGGCCACCUGGGAAUGGACAUCCAGACCUUGAGCACUUCUCUCCAUUUUGAAGUUUUAGCAAAGGCCUUUUUGUUUUUUUCUAUAGCUAGCCUUCUCUCCAUGACCCCCUGCCAUCCUCUGAAGUCUGCACCUCUCUCUCGGUUGUUUUUUUUAAGGCUUUUUUUUUGUUUUGUUUGGGUGUUGAUAAUGUAAUAUGAGCACCUUACAGUGAGCUACAUCUGAAUCAUUGGGAUUUUACGAGGAGAAGCACUUUUAUAUUCUCA